GGUUUUAAAACUUAAAAAUUUUUGUAGCUACAGUGUAUGGGUUUACUUGUCUUUUACAUCAACAUUUUCAGAAGCUUGGCUGUUCACAGAGGAUUUCUUUUUUAUCACAAGUUCCUAAACAAAUACUUCCUCUAAGUCGAGCUCUUUAGGUUUAACAGUGUGUCACUGGUCAUUAGGGACAUGCACUUUAAACAUUUUGUUCAAUGUGUAGAGAAGUUCUGAAGAGAAAACCAAAUUAUUUUGAUGUAAAAUGGCCUUUCAAGUGUGGUAUUCUAUAAGGUAAAACAAUGCAUUUGUAACACGUAACAGUAUGAGGAUUUCUUUUGUGGCGUCUAUAGUGUUCAGGAGAUUACUUACCACUUACUAGAAAUUGAUCCCCUUCCAUUAAAGCAUAACUUUUGUGACUUAGCAAGCAUAGUAAUAAUACUGUCUGUUGCUUUUUCAAUAUUACAGAAACCAGAACGGCUGUAUUUAAUUGAAUGUAAAUAAUUUGUUUUCUUUUAAAUGUGGGAGAAGGGGGCAACUGAACUCAUGUCAUAGUUGACUGUCUUAACAGGGAUGUUGGAGGCAAUAAACUUUUGUCUUCUUGCUUAUGAGUUAUUUGCUACUGAAAUUACCAACAUAAACAAAAAACUCCAUGUCAACAUAAACAUGGAGGACAGUUCUUUGACCUUUAAUUGCCAGUUUAAAAUUUGACUGAUAUUAACACAGGACAGGUAUCUUUUGCUCUUGCUGCUGAAAAUUGAGUCUUGAGGUGCAUUUGCCUGUUUGCUUCAAGCUAGGCAGGAAAAUGACAUUAGUAGAUUUCCUUCACUAGGUGAAAACAUAUUUUUCAGUCACAGUCAUGGAUCUUUACAAUAAGUAAUACUUGCGUGAUCGAGCACACACAAAAGAUAUACAAGAGAACACCUUAAAUGGCAGAGGUAGUAGUAUCAAAACCAGCACAGUCUUACAGAUAGCCUUCUUGUAGAAUACUUGGAACAUUUAAAAAUUAGAGCACAGAGGAUAACAGAAGACACAGAUGUGGAAGAACUUGCAUUUGGAAAUAAUUUUUUUUUCCCCUUACAGUAAUACUCAAAAAUGGAAAAAGUAGAACUAUUAUAUACUUUUUCUUGUUGGCAGCAGUAAGGCAAAGGACUUUUUGCAGCUUUCAGAUGCACUCCCAUAUUGCUUCAUCCAGAUUAUUUCAAAAGCAAAAUUUUAAAACAUGAAGAGGUUAUUACAUUUAUUUCAGUAUUGUCUAUAAAGAUAAAUACCAAAUUAUUUCCUCCUCUUCCUAUAUUGUUUCUUUCCCUAGAAAUCUUUAGUUCUUUCAGUUUUUCUACUAUUUCACCUUCUGUUUGCCUGGUAAGUUUAAUGAUAGAAGUUUUCAAUCCCAAAGCCCUACUUUUGACUAGAGCAGCACUGAUUAAAGCAGUAAGUAUACCUAAAUAUACUAAACAACAUUCUGUGUAUUACUGGUGAGAUUCAGACUGAUAGAGUGUACUUUUCUUCUGUUUCUUCAGUUCAUCAACUGAAACUGAUGUUUGUGGAGAUUUUGACUGGUAAUGUCUGGUUUGCACUUCCUGACCUGAAGGUUGCCUCAUUUUUCAUUACAGUUGGGUUUUAUCGGUGUUUUAUCAACAGUAUCUGAGCCAAGUCUACCUUUUGGUGGACUACUACUACUUAGUAGUCUACCACUACUAGGUAGUGAUGCUCUGUAAAUAGUUGUUUUCACAGACAUCGUGCUCUCUCUUGAUCACCGCUUACUUGAGAAAAAAUGAAUAGCUUUUGCCUUUACCUGAACUGCCUCGUCAGAGGCCUGUAUCCUCUCAAACACCUAAAUGUAUGUGAAGAAGAGAGCAUGCAAAAAUUGCAGGCUUCAAAAGCUUUUAAAGGUCACAGUAGACUCUCUUGCUAGGGUAACUUAAGUGUGCUUUGACCUUUUUCUAGUUAAUAAGAUCUUUUAGGAAAUUUUAAUGAUUUCUAUGGGCAGUGAUGCAAAUUGGGACUUGGUGGCUGCAUGUAGUAACUGGUCAGUUGUGUGGUACAGAGAUAUAACUGCUGCAACAGGUGGAACACAUUUAUUCUUAUCUCAGGUGACAUUAAUAGUUUGUCUCUAGGAUGUCCCAGUUCCUAGUAUUUUAGAGCUGCUGCUGCUGCAAGAGCACCUUCACGCUUUCUUGACAGUCUGUGCUUUGGAUAGUAGUACUUUGAUUUUUAACAACCUAGGAACCUUGGCUACCUUGGUCCUAGAACCUUUUGUUAGAAGGAAGGUGUGUUCAUGUGGAAGAUUGCUCGAUGUCACCCACAGUGUCAAGUUAUAUAUAGACAAGAAAAAAUUUUGUUUCUGUAACUGUUGCUCUCUGAUGUGAUUUCUGUGUGUUCAGGAGUUACUCUGCAUUUGUCCACUGGAAUGCCUGAAGGAGUCUUAAAGUCUUCCUAAGGCUCUGAAAUCCUAACAGGGGAAAGGGCUGGUUUUUUAGGGCUUUAUGCAAAGCAUACAAAUGUCUCAGUCCUGUGAAUUCAUCCGUUUGGAUAUUAGUGAAGAAAAAAAUUAUCUGGCUUUCAUGAUUUAAAUGGAUGUAUUUGCAAUGAGAAUGAAAAAAUCCUCUUAACAGGUAACACGAGAGUAACAGUUACAACAUAGAAGAUCUUUUCAUUUUUAAACUGAUCAAGGCUAAAGACAUUUGCAAGAUCCAUUUAUAUGGAAACAGAGUUCUUUUUAUGUGUAUGAGUUACGGACAAGAUCUGAAGAUACAUACUUCAGCAAGUAAGCUAAAUCUGUAUCCCAUAAUGAUCAAAUGUAUUUUGGAUUUGUCACCCUAAUGCGUAUCAGUCUAAAAUUAAUUUCUUUGCCUCUGAAAAUAUCUGAUCUUGGCAUCUGUCAAAAAGAAAUAACUGAUCUAAAUGGCUCAUAGGUUUAGCAAACUUAUGUUAAUUCUUACAUUUUAUACUGUUAAAUUAUACUGUGAAAUGGUUGGGGGGAGCUUACAAUCAAGUAUGUACUUAAAAAUCAAUUUAAUUGAAGACUUCAGAUUGGCUCCUUGUCAUGUGAUGAUGGUAUUUUAAUUGAUGGUUGCUUUUCAUAUUAAUUUUAAUGCCUUAGAUACAAUUCUUUGUACAUUUCUGUGUUUGAAUUUCUUUGAAAUCUAAUUUCAACUUUACAUGUACUAGUUUUAUAAUGUUUAACAUUAAUAUGUCAGCAUCCUGAAGAUAAAUUAGGUGGGCUUAAGAGUACCUAUCCGUAAUCAGCUUAAUAGUAAUGUCAUUUGAUGAAACCUACAUAGCAAUUCUUUCAUUUGUAUUGGUCAAGUAUUGUAGUUGUUCUUAGUCUUUAUUAAUUCCUUUAGUUUUGUUAAGGACUUUCACUUGGUUGUUCUUUACUUAAAACUUGAAUACGAAGAUUCUAGAUCCUCCUAUUCAUUGUGAAAACAGAGGCAUUGGAGAGCAGAAGUAUUUUAUUUUUCAUGGAGAGUGUUUUUAAAUGGUUGGUCAACCCAGCAUCUUUAACAUUCAAAAGUCGUUUGUAUGCAAUGCAGACAGGGAUGAAGAUUGAUAGUAAAACCCCAGAAUGCCGUAAAUUUUUAUCCAAACUUAUGGAUCAGUUGGAAGCUAUGAAAAAGCAAUUUGGUGAUAAUGAAGCAAUUACUCAGGAAAUUGUUGGUUCUGCUCAUGUGGAGAAUUACGCCUUGAAAAUGUUUUUGUAUGCAGAUAAUGAAGACAGAGCUGGGCAAUUUCAUAAAAACAUGAUAAAGUCCUUUUAUACUGCAAGUCUCCUGAUAGACGUUCUAACGGUAUUUGGGGAGCUCUCUGAAGAGAACGCCCAGCACAGGAAGUACGCCAGGUGGAAGGCAGCAUACAUUCAUAACUGCUUAAAGAAUGGAGAGACUCCUCAGCCUGGCCCCAUUGGAAUGGAAGGAGAGAGUUUUGCAGAUGCUGAAAGGGAAGAAGCAGGGUCAUCUUCUGCCCAUAGUGGAACAACUCCAUCAUCAUCAUCUACAUAUGAAGCUAACAACAUACCGACUAGUAAUUACACUGGCAUACAUAUACCACCAGGUGCCCAUGCACCAGCCAACACUCCAGCUGAAGUACCUCAUAACACAGGAGUGACAAGUAACACCAUUCAGCCUGCUGCACAGAAUAUUCCUCUAGUUGAUCCUUCCCUUUACAGUGCUCAGUCUGCAGGAGAAGUCCGCUUGACUCCAGAGGACUUUGCCAGAGCUCAAAAAUAUUGCAAAUAUGCUGGCAGUGCAUUGCAGUAUGAAGAUGUGAGCACUGCUGUGCAGAAUCUACAGAAGGCCCUCAAGUUACUGAUUACAGGCAGAGAAUGAAGCUUUAAUCCAACAGAUUCUCGUCUUUUGCCUAAAGAACUAACACUUUGUUACUGUACCUGUUAAGGAAGUGGAGUUACACAGAAAUUCUCAAUCCCAUCACUCAUGACAAUGAAACCACUGUUUCACUGUCAGAUUAGCAAUUUCUGGUACAGUUGGAAUCUCUGUUUUCAUUUUACAGACCGUGGAGCUUGAAACAUGAAUGCAGUAGCUCGUUGUAUGCAAAGUAUUGAAGAAAGUACUGUGAGCACCACUCAGGAGUUAGAAUUCGUCUUGCAAUAUUUGGUUUAUCGGAAUUGGAAAAUGCUAACUGUAAAAAACUUGAGAAUUAGGAUGUUCUGUUAAAAUUCUUACUCAUGUUUAUUAUUGCAAACAAUUAUUUUAUAGGUAUAAUAGCUUUAAAAUGGUAACUAAGAUUAGUGCUUUCCUCCUGAAACGAGAGCAUGUGAAAAGGCUGACAGGUCCACACUUGGAAGGGCUUUUCUAUAUGUAAUUUUUUUGGGUAUUUGUAUUAUCUGAGACUGAAGUCUAAGCUGAGGGAGUCUUGAGGACCUUCAUAUUUAAUUUGAAAAUGUGCUGGGAAAAACAUUUCUUGAUACUUCAGAGGGAGUAAUUUUGAUGGUGUUGCAAUCUAGUCCCCCACCGGUAUAUGGACUACUAUAUGUAUUCUCGAUUAUUGGUUCUUGCUCCUUCUGUGUGAACACUUAAAAUUUUGUAUAUGUAUGGUUAAUUAAGAGAAAAUACUAAUAUUUAUCAACAAUGAUCCCGAAACUGGAAGCAGAGAUUCUAAAUAAUUUGAACUUUCAGGAAGGCUUACUGAAAGAACAAACCUGUUCCAUCUUUUUAAGAGGCUGGAAAAAAGCUUGUUCUUCAGCCAUUAAAACCCUAUAGGUUUGUCUCUGGUAUUAGUGUCAUAGAGCUUUGUAUUUCCAACUAACAUUUUUCCUGCCUGCUUUGUUGUGAAGACUUUUUGGACUUGGGAUUUAAUUAAAAUCUCUUCAAAACUGGAUUUUGAGUCUUUAUGAGGUCUACAACUGCAAUUACAGAACUCUUGAUUGUUAAAAAUCCCCCCAUGCUAUGUAAAAGAACAAAUACACAGUCUUUUAACUGGCGUGACAUAAUAAUUGAGUACACCAUAAAGCAUGUUUGAUAUAUGUAGUAAUGAUAUUUUAUCUGAUCUCUGUCUUUCCAAGCUGCCAGAUCAAAUCCAUGUUACUUAUAGCUGCACUGCUUUGGAGUGACUAAAAUAAGUGUUAAAUUCAAAGCAAAAAGAUGAGGAAAAGAAAACCAAACAAGCAUGCAUUAAAGUUUAGCUGGUUGUAUCCUUUAAAGUGUGUAGUGUCUUUGACAGCAGAUUUGAAACAGGUAAUAUGAAACUUAAAAAUGUAUGCUUAAGCACUUCUGUUGACUAGAUAAAAUUCAGUUGACUGAGAUAAAAUAUGAUACUUUUUAUGUUGCUUUCUGAUAUGCAUGCUAAUCUGGACAGUGACUUGGGGAGUUGUUUCUUUAAUGUCAGUCAUUACUUUAAUUGUUUGGGGAAAUUUAGAAUAAAACUAUCUGAAACUUUUUGGACAGUAAUGCUGUAGAGGCCUGAGCAGUAAGUCUGUAUUUUGUACAGUGUUGCACACAAGAUAGACCUCUCACUUCAGUAUCAAACUGAAUUACUGCAACGUCUUCCACAUAUAUAAUUGUUGGUUUACACUGUAGCAUUGCCAUAAAGUACAUGCAGCAUUGCUAUAAAAUAGUCAGAAGUUUCUUUCAUUUCAAGAUCAUACUACUGUAUUUUAAAACCAGCUUCAGUCCCCUGAACUCGUAGGAAGAAAUGCAGUUUUCCUAUUUCUAUUUAUAAAAUAGUAAAAAGAACUUUGGGGCUUUUGUGUUACAUGCAAAAAUAAGUAAGCUAUGAUGUAACAUAUUGAUUUGUGGCUUUUAAGUUAAAGUUGUUGGGUUUUUUGUGAUUGAAUGAUCUGAAAUGGAAUACGUAACUACGCUUGAAAGUGAAAAUGUAAGUAUUUCUUAAAGCAUAUAAAAUAUUUUCUGUUGGCCACGAUUAUAUUGUACCUCUUGAUUCCUCUAGGAAACCAUGGAAUCAUCAGUAAAAAAGCGAUAAGCAAUGCAAAAUUCAUAAGCAAUUUGCUUGAACGACCAUUUGCACAUCUGUUAACUUUACUCUGCCUAGAAAGAAAUUAGUGUUCCUGAGGGGGAUGGAGAUGAAAAUGCUAAGACAUAAGUUUAAGAAUUUCUUAGAGAAGCUAGCAAGACAUUCUUUCUGAAAAUAAAUUAGUAUUUAGAAGAUUUAUUAUAUAAAAUUGAAUGUGAAGUGGAACAUAUCCUAAUACUAACCUUCAGACCACAAUACCUGAUAUAGCCUAUUAUUUUGCAUAAAAUUAUUUUGCUGUAAUCAUUUACUUCUUAAUUGAGAAGUUUUGUAACAGCUCAUAAGACUGUUUUAAACCUCAUCUUUAAGCUGAUGGUUUUUUGAUGGAACAGAUGGAAUAUUUAUCAUCUAAACUGAUGCCUAAAGUAAAUUAUAGCAAAGCAUUUCCAUUCCAUUAAGUGUAGCCUCUGGGAGAGCUUUAAAUACAGCAGAUAGCACAAAAGUACAAACCACUGUUGCAGAACAGUUGAAAAGGUGUACAUAUUUGAAAUUGUCAGGAGAAUGUAGGUACAUUGGCUAUAACUAUGCCAAAUUGGAAUUUGUGACAAGCACUGAAAUUUAUGGCCACAUUGUUAAAUGUUGUGUGAGCUUUUAAGUGUUGACUGAUUCAUUUUACAGCUGUUCUGAGUGAUAAAGUACCAACACACAGCUUCUUCUCAACUGCUUCCCCAGACAAACAAGUACAGUAUUAAGGGAGAGUGCUGAUUUUGUUCCAUGCUGCAGUUAACCACUCCUUUUCAGUCUCACUGCCACCUACAUACUCGUUGGCCAUUCUCCUUUGGAUGGUGAAUUCUCAAUCUCCUAAAUCUUUCUUAAGAAAAGAGAAGGAGACAUCUGUCAGAUUUUUAUCAGGUUUUCCAUGUUCAGUUUUGCUACUUAGUUAAGCUAGAAUUUUAGGCAAUCUGUUCAGUGUUCGUUACUUAAAAGGCUUUAUGUUUUUGCAGUUCUUUGUAUUUUCAUUUCUUUCCAGGGAAAGUCCCAUAUUAUACUUCAGGAUUCCUACAGAAGUCUUUAAAAAGUGUAUUGCAGAGGAGGUCAUCCCUUAAGAAAUGGUGAAGAUUUUUUCAAAUUCAUUUGGUUUACUAAUACUGGAGGCAAUGUUAUCAAAUUUUUGAAGUAAUUUUGGGUGGAAUAAUACACUUUCUUUGUAAGUGAAAUCUUUUUUUUUCACUUGACUUUGUAAGUGUAAGUGAAAUUUCAGAAGCACUGAAGUAUGAUCACAUUCCAGAAUGUGAUUGUGACAGUAAUAUUUGAGACUAUAUAGUACUGACCUGCAAGAAACUAACAGCAGAGAAACUUCCUGCUUGAAGCAGAAUUGGGGGGUGGAGGUGGUUUGUGUGCAGACACAUCAGUGCAUGUAUAAUACAAUAUAUAUAAAUUCAAUGGGGAGCUGUAGGAAUGCCUUUAAAAAAAAAUAGUUACCUUGUUUACAAGUAUUGGAAAAAUGUCAGUUACAAAUAUAUAGAUACUGCUGACAAAUGUUGAUUUUAACAUGAGGUUUUAAAUGUACUAGCACAGGGCCAAAAGUUAGCAUUUAAUUGUGUGGUAUUCCAGAUGAAUGGUCCUUGGUUUUCUUCUUUUUCAUGUCAACUGUAAAAUAGGAGCCCAGUACAAACUGAAUGCGAACACAAAUUCAGAGGACAUUAAAUUUAUAAAGGAUCAAAUGUAGUUUCUGUUAUUGUAAAGUCUUUGUGCUAAUGUUUUGAUUCAGAUUGGAAAGUGCCCGUGCUUAAAAAGUGUAAUUCUUGCGUACUUUUACAAUAUCCUUUGUCAUGCGGUUUAUGGAAUUAAGAGCCUGAGCCAGGAUAUCUCGACUAGGAAAACCUAGACUUUGAUGCCAAGUUUCUAAACCACCAAUGCAUCCUGGUACUGACAGCAGCUGUUUUUCACAAUCACCUCAGUAUUUAUUUUUAAACACUGGAAUUUUAACCAAGUUUGUUGGGAAAAGGAGCAAUACUUUUUUCUUACUGCAUCAUCACCUUUCAGUGUACAGCUGUAGUAACAAGAGAACUGAACAAAACAUGAUUUUCCAUUAGAUAUUUCACUAUCAAUCAAGAAAAGAGUAUUAGGGCUGCCAGCAGAGCUCUCCUUGGCUUACAAGAGUAUUGGAAAAGUCUGAUUAUAGACACUGUUGUAAUGCCCUAAAUGAUCUCAGAAUAGGAAAUUUAUUUAUAAGAGCAUUGAAAACAAACUUGAAAGAGGGAAGACGUAUGCCAGGGGAGAAAAUGAAAUUGCAUUCUCCACAGAAUGAGAGUGGGACAAAAGUGAUUGCAGAAGAAAUACUUAAAAUCCCUCAUGGAAUGGGAGCAGGACAGUGACUGGAAUGAGGUUAGAGCUGUCUGAUUUCUUUAGAACCUUGGAAGUGCUGAGAAAAAAUGCUGGAUCUUAAAGCAGAAGAUUACAGGGGGAUGAGAGAGACGGAAAGGAUGGGAAUGACAGGGAAAAAAAAACAUGAUUUAUUUAUUUUUUUUUAAUGCAGACCAGAACAAAUGUGAUUCCCAGCACAGGGGAAAGGUAAAGCACAGGAGAAAGUUAACACAGUUGACAAAAUGAUCGCAGAAUCUGAAGUCUAGCUAUAAAAGGGAAGCAAAAAAAUACAAUUGACAGCACUUUGAAGGAAGAGAGUAGAACCGUCCAUACUAAGAAUCUAUGCUGAUUAAAUAUGUCAUAUUAAUUAAAUAAAUAAAAUUUACUUGAUGUGCAGAA